AUGUUUUCCAAAACGAUGAAUCUUGGUUCCAGAGACUUAAUCAGUGGUUUACCAGAUUAUCUUAUUUCUCACAUCUUGUCUUUUGCUCCCACUAAAGAAGCUGCUUCAACAUCUGUUCUAGCUAAAAGAUUCUCUCUCAAGUGUGGAGAUAUUGUUAAUCCAGCCAUUGUCAUUGGUUGGAUACUCAAGGUGUUGGAUCGUGGUGUAUCAGAUCUUGAUCUACUAAUCUCCACGCAAUUGGAUUGUCCGCUUCCUUCGGAAAUGUUUGUGAGUGAGACUUUGGUUAGGCUGAAAAUAGCUAUUAGAGAUGUUCUCACCAUUGAUGUGAAAGAUGUUUAUCUUCCAAAGGUUAAGACUCUCUGUCUUGAUUAUGUCAUUGCCAAUAACAGCGCAACCGUCAAGAGACUAAUCUUUCGUCGUCCGAGAAUGUUUGAUCAAAAUCACAAGAGCGUGUCAUUUGAUACUCCAAAUCUUGUCUACCUCAAAUACUCUGAUACUAUUGCGCACAAGUAUCCGAAAGUGAAUUUUAAUUCGUUUGUUGAAGCUAGUCUCGAUCUUCGAAUGACAACUGAUCAGAUCGUCAAGGCAAAAAUUUCAAAUGAUGAUAGAUCACCUCCGGAAGUGAUGGUUGGUAAUGCAACAAAUUUUCUUAUGGGAAUAUGCAAUGUCAAGAUCCUUUACUUGUCUGAUCACACUCUUGAGGUCAGUCCCAUUUUCACGCUUUAUAGUUUUAUUGCUACUCACAAAAUCCUCGAUUUGUCAGAAGAACGCAUUAUGUUCAUGUCUGUGGUCACUAUGUCUUCCAAAAAGAUGAAUCUUGGUUCAAGAGAUUUAAUCAGUGGUUUACCAGAUUGUCUUAUUUCUCACAUCUUGUCUUUCCUUCCCACUAAAGAAGCUGCUUCAACAUCUGUUCUAGCCAAAAGAUUCUCACUUAAGUGUAGAGAUAUUGUUAAUCCAGCCAUUGUGAUUGGUUGGACACUCAAGGUGUUGGACCGUGGCGUAUCAGAUCUUGAUCUACAUAUCUCGACCACGGAAUUGGACUGUCUGCUUCCUUUGGAGAUGUUUGUGAACGAGACUUUGGUUAGCUUGAAAAUAGGAAUUUUGGCUGUUCUCACCACUGAUAUGCAGAAUGUUUUAUCUUCCAAAGGUUAA